UGUUUGCAUUUCCUGCUGCCUUCUCAUGGCUGUUCCAUGUCUCUCCGCCUGCUCAGUCCAGAAACCCUAGAAAAUCUCCAUGGAAGAAACAGAGAGAAGAACACCAAAAGCAAAACCCUAGAAUCUCUCAACAAUCAGUCCAUAGAAAAUGGCCUCAACCAAUCUCGGUUGUUGACAGGAAGAAAUGCGCCUUUCCAUGCACCACAUUCGCACCGGCAUCCGACAAGCAAGCUUCUCCUUCUCAAUCCUCGCCCCAUAUCAAUCCCUUCAUUACUACGAUAAUUCGGUUGUCUCUUGCCAUCGUCUUGCCAAAUCCGCUCCUUUUCCCACCUCCAUGUUCAUCUGCUUCACCAGUUUCAUUUGUUUAAUGCGAUUUCCUUUCACGACGGAGGCGAAAACAGAUAAGUCUCUCGAAGAAUACGAUAAAGAUUCGAUACGUAAAAUCAUCAAAGAAGAGCAGUGGGAUGAUUAUCGGCUAAGAAGUCUGUUCGAUCCGGUUUUAUCUCCAACUAAGGUUUCUAGAGUUUUGGUAGAAUUGAGACGAGAUGCGCCGCUGGCGCUUAAGUUCUUCAAUUGGGUGAAAACCCAAAAUGGCUUUUGCCACACAACAGAAUCGCAUUGCAUUCUUGUGCAUAUACUAUUCCGGGCUAGGAUGUAUUCUCAUGCUCAACAAGUUCUUAAAGUGCUGGUGUCGUCCGAAUGUGUCCCACCCAAUUCAGAUGUUCUCGAUGGCUUGAUAGCAACAAGAAGCGUCUGCAAUUCAGGGUUUGGAGUUUUUGAUGCGCUAUUUGGCGUCUUGACGGAUUUGGGGUUGUUAGAUGAAGCCAGUGAGUGCUUUGAAAAGAUGCGGAAGUUCAGAGUUUUGCCAAAGGCACGGUCUUGCAAUGUUCUUUUGCACAGACUUUCGAAAGUGGGCCGGAGGAAUUUGUCAAGGAAGUUGUUUACAAACAUGGUCACAGCGAAUAUUCCACUGUCGGUUUUUACUUUCAACAUCAUGAUAGACAUCUCUUGCAAGGAGGGGGAUUUGAAGGCCGCCAGAGGGUUGUUUUCGCAGAUGAAGGAAAUGGGUUGCACGCCGGAUGUUAUCACAUACAAUUCUCUUAUUGAUGGGCAUGGGAAGGUUGGGCAGUUGGAAGAAGCAGAAUGUCUGUUCGAUGAAAUGAUGAGGGUGGGUUGUGAGCCUGAUGUGAUCACAUACAAUGCCCUUAUCAACUGCUUCUGUAAGUUCGAACAGCUGCCGCAGGCAUUAAGGUAUUUCACCCAAAUGAGGAGAAAUGGUGUGAAGCCUAAUGUUGUAACUUUUAGUACAUUUAUUGAUGCGUUUUGCAAGGAAGGCAUGAUGCAAGAAGCAAUCAAGUUUUUCGUGAAUAUGAGAUUGAUCGGUCUUGCACCCAACGAGUUCACGUAUACUUCUCUGAUAGAUGGAAACUGUAAAGCAGGUAAUCUCAAUGAAGCAUUGAAGGUGGCUAAAGAAAUGGUGCAGGCAGGAAUUAACUUAAAUAUUGUUACCUAUACAGCUAUAGUUGAUGGUCUAUGUAAAGAGGGAAAGGUUGAGGAAGCGGAAGAAAUUUUCAGGGCAAUGGUGAAAGCAGGUGUGCCCAGUAACCAACUAAUCUACACUGCCCUUGUUCAUGGGCAUUUCAGGAAUAAACAGAUGGAAAAGGCCAUGACUCUGUUGAAUGAAAUGCAAGGAAUGGACAUGAAACCUGACUUGUCGUUGUAUGGUACUGUCAUCUGGGGUCUAUGUGACCGGGGUGAGCUUCAAAAAGCUAAGCUUUUAGUCGCUGAAAUGACAAAGCGCGGUUUGAAGCUCAAUCAUGUCAUAUACACUACUCUCAUGGAUGCUUAUUUUAAGGCAGGGAAAUCCUCAGAAGCUCUCAGUCUGCUUCAUGAAAUGUUAGACUUGGGCAUAGUUCCCACUGUUGUGACAUAUUGUGCGUUAGUCGAUGGACUGUGCAAAGGUGGGUCAGUUGAGGAAGCAACUUACCAUUUUGAUAGGAUGAAAGUUUUGGGUUUGCAGCCCAAUGUACUGGCUUACACAGCCCUCAUUGAUGGCCUUUGUAAAAACAGUUGCUUGGAAGAUGCCAAGAAGGUAUUUGAUGAAAUGCUGGAAAAGGGUAUGUCUCCAGACAAGGUAGCUUACACAUCUUUGAUGGACGGGAACUUGAAACACGGAAAUCUUCAGGAAGCACUCCGUCUAUGGGACAAAAUGGUUGACAGUGGUAUUGAGCUUGAUCUGCAUGCAUAUGCUGUCUUGAUAAGGGGACUCACUAAAUGUGAUCAAAUGCAGCAGGCAAGGAACUUGCUGGAUGAGAUGAUAGGAAAUGGCGUUUCACCAGACGAGGGUGUUUAUAGCUGUCUGGUGAGAAAGUAUCAUGAGCUAGGCAAUAUUGAUGAAGCCUUCGAGCUACAAAAUGAAAUGAGAAGAAGAGGUUUAACAGCAAGCACUACUGGUGAUGCUGUACCAAAUGAACAAACCUGAGUAAUUUUGUUACAUUCUUUCAGCACCAAUUUGCUGUUCUUGCUCAAUGGAUUUGGGCCAAGAGACAGCCUUAUUCUGUCCUCUCUCUUGCAUCGGAAUCCAAGAUAGUGGCAUUCACUUACUGAGCAAUCAUGUUGGACGGUGGACAGCUGUCCGUCCAGAGUCAGACUGUCCAUUUUCAUGCUCGCCAAACCUCAUCCAUGGUAUGGUACCUUUUGUUGGGUACACACACCAACUACAAAGGUAGGUUUCUGCUGUCUGAAGCUUUAUCUGAUUCUGUUGGCAAUGAAAUUUCAUUUCUUCUCCUUCCCAACACCAAUUUACAUUUGCCUCUAGAGUACUGAGCCGUGCCAAGUUAUUGACAGUACAUGUGACAUGCAUCCAGGCCGUAGAAAUCAUGGGCUCCAUCAUGGACCUGAAAGUCAUACUGAUUGGAGAAUCCUAACUGCCAGAUUGCUGCCAUCGACUGGAGGACUGAAAGAAAACAUUCAGUUGGCAAAACAGAUCACCACGAUUGUCUGACCAGUGUGGCUUUCAGGCUAUUCUCGUACCAUGAUGGGACCCACAGUUUGGACUUGUGGAUGAGUUCUGCAAUUUAGUACUCUAGGGCAAAUUCAUAAACACACAUUGGAGUCCACCCCUUCUUAUGCUUAUGUGACACAAGGCCUUCCCAUCUCCUUGUAAGGAAAUGUGAUGCGCUAAUUGCUUCCAUGUUACGAAUGGAAAAGAUCACAUCAUUAUAAAAGUUUUACAGCUUGAGCUAAUUUUAUCAGGUGCUAUAAGAGAGGUUUGUUCUGUCAAACUGCUAUCCAAUUGCUGCAUCUUCUUCCAUCCCACGAAAUGGAGAUGGUAGAUUGUGCAUAAGAAAAAUGUGAUACGGCAUCAGAGAAAUAGUUUUGUAUAUUCAUGGACCUUGAGAUCAUAUGGAUGUAACUGUUCCGGAUAUUGCCUUCCCCUUCUCAAGACAAAAUACAUGCCCAUGGAGACUGUCUUCAAACUUCAAUCUAACUACAUCUAUUGCAUGACUGAGCAACAAGAAUCGUUUACUCUUCGCAGAGCAAUGUGUGUUGUAAUUCUUUAAAGAUGCCGUGUAAUGACAAUAUGGCAGUGCCAUCUCUUGUCAUACUACGUCAACGGGAAGGUCUGUUCCAAUAGAAUUUAUACUGUUACUGCAUCCAUAGAGAGGUCUAUUGGGUAAA